AUGAAUAAAUGUGGAAAAGUAAAAAACCCUUGCAAAUUAUGCUUGCGGGGUGUAACAACCAAGACAGGGGUCCAGUGUAAAGGUGUUUGUAAGAAAUGGGCUCAUUUCAAAUGCUUAAAUUAUACGCCGGGGAAAAUCCAGGACAUCAAAGCUGGUAUUAUCAAGAUCACUUGCCCCUGUCCAGAUUGCAAUACGACAGAACCCAAAGAGAUCAUGGUUGAUCCUCCUUAUACUUGUAAUAACUUCCAGUGCCCAGCCAAUAGUCUCCCAACAUGCGAAUCCACAGACUGUCCUAGUAUGUACCAUAUUACGAAAACUCCAAUCAUGCCUGAACCUUCACCGUCUAACAUAAGUUCUCACAUUAGACCGCCUCUAUGUCCAAUAAAGCAGCGAUGUGACAAUUCUCCUCCAUCCUCUCCACCGAUGAAUUGGUCUUUUGAUUCGUCGUCUUUUCCUAAGCCACUUGACGGGCCUACUUGUAAAAAGCAGUGUGAAGCCCAACCCAUUUCCAAAGUAUUCGAAUUUACUCCAAACAGUAAGCCUUGCCCUCCACCACCAAGAUGUCCUCCUUCGAAUCGACCAUGCCCUCAUCUAACCCCAAUGUCACAAGUUUCCACUAGAACGGAAAGCAAGAUGUGUUCGCCGAUUCGUUCUUUAUCUUGUUCGUAUUUGGCUAGAGAUUCAACUUGUACCGGUUCCCAAAGGACAUGGUCGCAAAAUGACAAAAGCCUAGAGUGCGACACAACUAUUACUCCGAAGUAUAUUUCGUCGUCGGACUCGCAGUUGUCGAAAUCAAGGGAAACCCAAAAAUCUUUGUACUGCACCAUUGAACAAAUGUGCUCGACAGUAGGACAGCUGUCCGGCCAACUGAAAGAAUUGAUGUGUAGAAUGAUGGAAGCUUUCGAGAAAAAUCGCCCAUGCUAA